GCCGCGGCGAUCGCAAAACGCAGCUAGAGGGCUAUCAAGAAUCUCAUGGAGAGUCUCUGUAAAGUUUGCGGUGAUAAAGCUUCUGGCAAGCAUUACGGGGUGCCAAGCUGCGAUGGAUGCCGUGGUUUCUUCAAGAGAAGUAUUCGAAGGAACUUGGACUACGUUUGCAAGGAAAAUGGCAGAUGUGUUGUGGAUGUAACAAGACGCAAUCAAUGUCAGGCAUGUCGGUUCAGUAAAUGCCUGGAAGUGAACAUGAGGAAAGAAGCCGUGCAACACGAGCGAGCCCCUCGCACCAACCAAAGCCAGCAGCAGGUGAGCCCUGGUGCCCUAUACCUGCCACGAGGCCACCACCUGCCAGCAGCCUACCCGCUGUUCUGUCCGCCCCUGGCACUCCGCCCCACCGCCGCCUCCUACCUGCACCGCUUCCUCGCCGCCGAGCCGCCUCCCUGCGCCCUCGACCAUCCGCCGCCCCCGGCUCCCGCCCCCGUUCUGCUGUCGCCCGGCCUCCCUGUCAGCGCGCCAUAUCUGCUGCAGACCUCUGCCAGCGAGGACGAGGUCACCAGUUCGGAGGAAACAAAACCGGCAAAGUGUCCCAGAACAGAUGGUGACUUAUUUCGUAAUUCCUCCUACAUAAGAGACCUGAAUAGUAGCAUUAGCAGUUAUGUGACAAUCUUCCAAUCCGAUGGCAUUUAUGACUCCGCUGCUAAGCUUCUAACACUGUGUAUAAAAUGCGCCAGGAAUAUACCUUCCUUCACACAGCUCUCGCCACGAGAUCAAUCAACACUCCUUGAAGAGACAUGGGGAGAACUCUUCGUAUUGAGUGCUGCUCAGUGGAUGCUACCAGUCGAUGAAGGAUUCUUGGUACAUGGAAGUAUAGCACCAGUCUCAAGACACGCUGUUCUUGAGGAGCAUGCCAGAAAAAUGCGAGAAACAAUAUCAAAGUUUUCAACUUUGAGGGUUGAUCACACAGAAUAUGCCUGUCUCAAGGCUCUCAUACUUUUCAAACCAGGUGCUCGAGGUCUCAGAGAACCUAUCCAUAUUGAAUUACUACAAGACCAAACUCAUGUGAUGCUCCAUGAGUAUUGUAUGGCCAAAGACAAAGUGCGUUUUGGGAAGCUACUAGUUUCACUGCUGGCUGUCACUUAUCCGAGCAAGCAGAGUCUCCAAGAGCUAUUCUUCCGCAAAGCUGUUGGAAAUCUGUCAAUCGAGCGUUUACUCGAUGAAUUCCUCACAGACUGAGCUAUCAACUUGCUCCAUCAGUCUUCAACCCUAAUCCAAUAAGCGUAUGAUAUACGCUCAUAAUAUUAUUAUAGAGUAUAGGCCUACUCAUUUGAACAAGUACAGUGAUUGUAAUUCGUCCUCCGGUAUCCGUAUCUGUCGUCCUCCUGCAUUCUUAUACAUUACCAGUAUAUAAGGUUAUUGACUUUGACUUGAAUAUUUUAAUUCCUGAAAAAUAACAAUUAUAUAUAAUGACAAGCGCCCAAAAUUUACAAUACGAUACGUUCCAAGCUUGACAAACAAUUUUGUUCAAUGAUGUUCAUUAGCCAAGAAAGCCUCUUUUAAGAGUCAUACCUUUUAAAUACAAAAAUUCCUAAAUUACAAUAAUACACAUUAUUCGCGAGUCCAUACAAUAUAAUCCACCCGCUGAAAGUUAUUAGAAUAUGGGAUAUUGAUGAAGAUAUAUUCAUGGCUACGGAAUAUUCCAAACAAAACCGUCUACAUUCUUCCUUCUUCUCGGCGCUUGGUAAUUUUCUCAAAAAGCAAUAAAAUCUCCAAUAGCUUUACCUAUAGAAUGUUCUUGUACCUAAGUAAAUAUAAAUUAUUGUAAAUUAUGAAGUGUGACUGUGUGAAAUGAAGUGUUUUAUGAAAAUAAUUCAACAGAAAAUAUUAAUGUAUUCAUCAAUAACUAUUUAAAGUCUAUAUAUGAAAGUUUUUUAUGGGAUGGUUCCUUAUGCAAUAAUUUUUUGUAACAAUAAAAUAAUAUAAAAUUAAGAUAUUUAUUUAAUAUAAAUUGGAAUAGGCCUAUCAUAAAUUUCGAAUCAUUUUCUAUCAAGGUAUCUAGUCAAAUACAAACACUGAGCCAAAGAAACUUUGUUAAUAAAACAUUUCUUCAAAAGUU